AUGCAUUCUGGUCUGCGAGAUUUUCUUUUGAAUUUGAUAAACAAUUGUCAUUCUGCUGAACAAUCAUCAUCUCUUAUCAAACCACGACACUCAUUGCGUAUUACUGAUCCAAGGAUUUCUGAAUUAUUUUCAUGUACUACUAAGUUCUAUUCAAUAGUUUGCAUUGGCCGAGUUCGAUUUACUGCAAGCAAUUAUUGUCGGGACAAGCAUGUGGAUGAUUCAACUAUACUUUAUCGAGCUGACAAUGAGAUCCAUUUCGGACGGAUUCAUCGCAUAGUCACAGUUGAUGGUGGAGAUAUACUUCUUCAAAUAUUUUCACUUGCAUCUAGUUUUUAUUUUGACUGUGACACUGAUGAUGAGCAAUAUGAGUACGAAGCCAUUGAGAUGGGCAUGACUUCUUCUGGUACAACUACUUGUAUCAUCAAAGCAAAUCAAAUCAUCGAGAAGUGUGUGUUUUAUCUACAAUCCAACAACUACGCAACUUUUAUUCGAUUUCAAAAUUUGGUGGAAUCAUCGUAA